GAUGCCCCCAUGAUAAUGCAGGCAUCUGCUUCAGUGUUCACCAUCGGUGGCAUUUGCUAUGGUGAUCCACAAAUUAAUAACCUCUGCAUAAUUGUUAUUUUCAAUUGUCAACUUUCCAGAAUUCUAGAUCUAAAAUACGGAAUUCGGGCACUUUGGAGGUUAUUCACAGGCCAGCACAUAAACAAGAUGUUAUUAAAACAAUCUCUAAGACUAUGUGCGCCCGGUUGCUCGCCAAACAUCAUCUCAUAUUUAUUGAGGUCACAAAGCCGUUCCAGAUGCACAUCUCCAGCCCAAAAAUGGGAUUUAAUGGCUGCUGUCUGUGUCGAGAGGCACCCACUGAUAACAAAACCGAAGUUGGAGCUAGAACAGAGGGUCCAAGAUCUCCUCAACGAGAUUGAAUUGGAAAACAGUAUGAAGAGCGAUCACGAGCUGAGGGAUGAGCUCGAGAAGAAGCAAAAUGAGCUUAUGAAGAAGGGGGUGGAGAUUGAUCCAGAGCAAGUCGCCACUAUAUCGGCUCAGGACAUCGAGGAUGCUGGAGAUGCUGAACUUGGUAAAUUUCCAUUUUCCUCAAGGGUAACUGAUGCUGAUAAGGGCAAUAUCAUGACAUCCCUCGAGAGGAAGUUGGAGAAAUGCCUCGUGCUGUUGGUACAGCAGAAGGUGGGGAAUGAUUUGUACUGGCUACCACCUCAGGGGAUGAGGGAGGAAGGGGAAAGUCUUCGACAGAGCGCAGAAAGAAUCUUGCGUGCUACGUGUGGUGAAAAUUUAACAGCGAAAAUCUACGGAAACGCCCCCAUGGGAUUCUACAAAUACGUCUAUCCAAAGGCCAUAAGAGAAAAGGGCUCGCGCGGUGCGAAAAUUUUCUAUUACCUAGCAAAACAUGUGAGUGGAAAUGUUCGGGAGAAUGUCAAGUACCAGUGGCUCGACAGACAAGAAUUGGAAGGUUCCUUGCCAAAGCCCAUCCACAGAAGUGUAUCAAUGUUCCUCGUGCCAGAAUAAAAGUCCAACAUGUACUAAAGUAAAUGAUGUAUAUAGAAAAAUUUUAUUAAACCGGUUUGCAAUUUU